CUCCCUUCAACUAGCGACCCUUCAACUAGUGACCCUUCAACUAGCAACCCUUCAACUAGCAACCCUUCAACUAGCAACCCUUCAACUAGCCACCCUUCAACUAGCGACCCUUCAACUAGCGACCCUUCAACUAGCCACCCUUCAACUAGUGACCCUUCAACUAGUGACCCUUCAACUAGCGACCCUUUAACUAGCGACCCUUCAACUAGCGACCCUUCAACUAGCGACCCUUCAACUAGCGACCCUUCAACUAGCGACCCUUCAACUAGCAACCCUUCAACUAGCGACCCUUCAACUAGCGACCCUUCAACUAGCGACCCUUCAACUAGUGACCCUUCAACUAGCGACCCUUCAACUAGCGACCCUUCAACUUGCAACCCUUCAACUAGCGACCCUUCAACUAGCGACCCUUCAACUAGCGACCCUUCAACUAGUGACCCUUCAACUAGCGACCCUUCAACUAGCGACCCUUCAACUAGUGACCCUUCAACUAACUCCCUUCAACUAGCUCCCUUCAACUAA